AAUAAGAAAGCAAAAGAAUGAUUGGCUAUUCGCCACGCGUAACGCGUUGACGCGUCCUGUGUGCAUUGAGCCAUAGUCGUAACGUUCCUAUAACUGUGGGGACGGGUACCAAUAAUUUAACUGAACUGAGUGUUUUGUGUAAUUUGAUUUCAAACAAAUCAAGAAAAAUGCUGAAGUGUGGAAUUUGUGGCUAUAGCGAUUUUUAUAAAGCAUCCGGUUAUUUCUUUUGUACGAUAUGUCAAACGCAAAGCCAGGAUGUUGGAGAAGAGGUAGAGCUGGAACUACCCAUAGAAAGUACUGCAAGGUUGCGAAAAACGAAAAUCCAUCGUGUUAAAAAUGACAAAACAGAUGUAGGUGAGGUGCUCGAAUGGACGUCCUGGGAAUUAUAUAAUUUUGUUUUAAUAGGUUUGACAAAUGAGUUUAUUGAGCUCGGUAUAUCAGCUGAUAUAAAGAUAACAGUAUUACAAUUAUGGGCUCGAUAUCUGGGAAAACUAGAAGUAGCUUUCAUCUCUGCAAAAGAGAAACUGAUUCCAAAACUGGCCAGAAGAUAUAAGAAAAGGGAUGCUGAAAUUAUAUAUGGCAAAGUUUUGUCGCAAACGAAAUCCAAAAAGCAGAGAAAAAGUACAAAUAACAUAGCAGAUUCCAUACCUUCUGCCUGUCUAAAUGAAGAAACUUCCUUGAGAGAAUUAAAUAGGAAUAAAAAACUUAUGAUUACUGCAGACUAUGAUAGAUUUAUGCAGUUACAAACAAGCUCAGAAAGAGAUGUUCUCAGUACAUUUAGUCAAAGUGUAUAUAGUACACACUCCAGUACAAAACAAUCUUGUGAAAGUAUGAGGAUACAAUUCAAUUCUUCUGCUAAAGAGGAAACUAGCAGAAUAAAGAAUAUGGCAAAAAAAGUACCAAGAUAUAAACGCAGCAAAUAUAAACAAAGUCAUGUGACAACUCGAUAUAAAACAGGGCCGGACUUAAUUACACCUACGAAAUUGUGGGCAAUUUUGUAUCUGGCUUUAAGGAUUCAUAAUCAGGAUAUACAUUUAGGUGAUAUGAUAAGGUAUGGUAGAGAAGGACGUUUAUCUUAUUACAGACUAGAUCGUUUGAUACCUCCUGAAGUGUCUUUAACAAAAAGCGAUAUAAAUUUUUUAUCACGAGCUAUGGACAUAACGCACAAAGGCAUGAGAAGAAUUAUUGGACAAAUGGCGAAAUUUCUUGGAGUCACGAGAAUAAUUUGUCCAGAUCUUUUAUCUCUCGUUAAUCGAUAUUGUACUGAAUUAGCUCUACCAAAAGACAUCUCAUCGUAUGCGGAAAGAUUAAUAAGUUUAUUUCCUCCGAAAAUGAUGUUUGAUAAAAAAUCCUGUAUUCCUAAUUACGAAGGUCGUGCCAUGGCAUUUAUUAUUGUAGUAUUGAAAACAUUAUUGAGCUUGGAUGACAUUACAGAAAAUGAAAUUAGUAAUGUCGUGGACAAAAUUAAUAGUGCAAUUAGUGACGAAGGUAUCUACGAUACAAAACUAUUUAGUUUUCGAGAAUGGCAGAAAUAUGUUGAGUGUAGAAGAGCCGUCUUAAUUAACACGCACUGUCCUACCAAGUUAAAAUAUAAUCCAAAUAUACCAGAUGUCAAUAGUUUAUUUAUUAAAUUUUUAGAAUCUAUUGGUUCUAAGACAGACAGAGAAGAACCUGAAACAAUUAUGGAUAAGCAUUUGAUACCACGUGAACUUCGUCAUGCAAUGAAACAGUGUAUUAACAAUGUAAAUUCAAAUGACUUACCAUUGAAUGCGGUAAAUGAAUUUUCUUCGACAUUGAUGCCAAAUCACUUAUAUCUUCAACAAUUGUUGGAAUAUCCACUAUAUGAUCUCCCGAGUAUGCUUCGAAAUGAUUUUUCGUUUACAGAAAGUGAAUAUUUGACAAAAUCAGAAUCUGUUUACAAACUGUUGGCUUUACAAUAUAAUAUUCAAUUAAAUUCUAUUGAUUCAAAUUUGCACUUUAUCGAAAAAGCUGUACCACUUUUCGAACAAACAAAAAUCAUUAGUGUAAAAGAUUUAAAAUGCGAUAUUGCAGUAGAAGAUUUUAUGGCAAAAGAUAUAAAAUGUGUUGCGAGAAAAGAAGAUUUUAUUGAUUAUCUACAUAAAAAAAUACCCUGUCGACUUAAAAUUGAUAUAAAAAAAAGACAGUACUAUGAUAAUAUUUGGAAUACAAUGACAAAUGUGAAAGCACUUUCGUUAGUCAAUGAAUCCGCAUUAGUCAAUGAGUUUAUAUUUAACGAUAUUCUCCCAGAUGGUAAAUUAUCAAUCUCAGGUAAAUGUCCAGAUAAUAAUGAAAAUACAGAUGAUGAUGAUGAUGAUGAUAUAUACUUGAAAGAUAUUGUUUUUGAACAAACAAAAUUAUUUUCCAAGUUAAAUAAAACGUACAAUACAAAUUUCUCAAAUACAGAAGAAAGAGCUAUGUUUAAAGAUUCAAAUUGGUUAAAGAAACAGAAGCGCAAACUUAUUCGAAAUAGAUAUGGUAAAUUUGUUCAGCAAAAAGAUGCAUAUCUCAAUAUAGAAAAAGAACAUAGUUCAAAUAAAGAUGAUUAUUAUGCGGAAGAAGUUAUUUCAGCAACAAACACUUCUAAAAUUGAAAACAUAAUACCAGAGAUACCUGAUGUAUUAAACUUGAGUACUAACGCAUUUGUUUUUGAUAAUUUUAUUCAAUUUAAAAGCGGAUAUAACAUGGAUGAUCAAUCUGAGAAAUUUUGUAAAGUAGAAGAAUCAAUGAUUGAUGAAUCUUUUUUCACUUUGGAUAAAAAACCGAAUGACAUUUUUACAUUGUUUAAACCUUUUAAAGAUUAUUGGAUGUAUCAUUGCAAUUUUAGUCGUGUGAAGCCAAAGAAUUUUGAAUUACUCGAGAAAAUGAUGCCAAGGAGUUUUCGAUGGUUACUAAAUGAAUGCGCGAGCGUCAUCGAAAUAUCAACAAAAGACCUGUAUGAAGAAGUGUGCCUCAUCGAAGGUUAUUACGCAUAUGUUUCGGAGCAAUCCAAGAUUUAUUCGUCGAAUACAACAAACAAAAUUGAAAAUUGUAACAACCAAGCAUAUAUUAAUACAAUUUUGAAGAAAUGGUGAAGUAAAUUAAUGAAAAAUAUAUUGUCCGAUAUUUAAUUGAUACAUUUUCGAA